UCAGCUCUCUAUCUUUCUGUCGCCGCCGCCGGCGGGAACAUCGGACUGAGUGGAGGCGGAGGGCGGAGGCUCCCGCCGCCAUUUUCCAGAUGGAGAGCGUCUCCGGCAUCACGCCGUCUCGUUGUUCCAGCUCUUCACCGGAGUUUUCGGAGCACGCCAGCGGAGGCCGAGGCUACACAGGACGGACUCCUCAAAGGCGCAACCGCCGCCAAUGCCGAUGCCGCUGCCUUACGAGGACAGCGAGGAAUAUCUGAAUGUCUUGAAGGGUUGGAGAUCUGCGGAAAGCUUGCAUACAAUACAUUGCAUGAUCUUGAGCAGAUUCUUUGCUGCUGGCAGUCUGAACAUGACAGCGCGGUAAGGUGGUUAGCCAGGAGCCGCACACCUGCACCCAAUGCACUAGAAAAUUGGAGAAACAUCGAGGAGACUGCACCUGCGAGCCAAUAGAGAUCCAAGACAUGGCAUGAGCAAAAUCACUCUGUGUUCAGAUCAGAAUCAGAUGAUAACACACGGCUUGCCUGGGAGCCUGGAGCUGGAACGCUGGAGGUGAUUGUCGCCAAUAAGACAGACAUGACAGCAUCAUAAUCAAGCUCAAUUAAGUAUGCUUCUUGGGCAGUGUCUUCUGUUGCAGCUCACAACCUGAUUACACAUGAGAAUGAUUCUUGUUGUCUGCUGGUUCAGCUCUUCAAUUGCUUCACCAUCUAUCGUUAUAUAAAGAGGAAACCAUGGCCAGAAAGACACCAUUGCAGCAAAGCAGUAGCAGCUUGCCUUCGCUUGUUCCAGCGAAAAGACGCUUCACGGCUUCUAUUGCAACCAUGGCCUACCAUCUGAGGUCCACGAGUGCACCUUCUAGCCCUCGCUCCAAUGAAACCAGUGUCGAGGAACAGCUACAGAGCCUGAAGGCAACCAUUGCGUUGCCUUCCGCAACUGUCCAAACCAUGAGCGACAGUCUGACUAAACUGGGGAGCAUCUACAGCUGCAUCAACAAGCUCACUUGCUUGCCCAGCAGGCAGAGGAAGGCUGCCGAGGAGGAGCUUGAGUGCUCUCUCGUCCUGCUCGAUCUCUGCAAUGCCAUGCAAGAGAGCUUUGCGGAGCUCAAGACUAGUGUUCAGGAGAUGGAGUUGGCUCUUAAAAGAGGAGACGAUGUGGCUGUUCAGGCCAGGGUUCAGUCUUACUCCCGUGCAGCCAAGAAGGCACAGAAGCAGUUCAAGAAGAUCAACUGCAAGGCUGCUUCUUACAUUGAAGGAGGCAGGGUGGUCAAACUGUUGUCUGAAGCAAGAGAGAUCACUAUUGUGAUCCUCGAAUCAACACUGCAAGUCCUGUUGAAGCAAGUUGCAAUGCCAAGUUCUGGCAAGUGGUCUCUUGUAUCCAAGGCGUUCCAGAAGAAGAGGGUUGUGUGUGAGGAGGAGCAAUUGCAGAUGUUGGAGUUGGACAUUGUUGAUCUUGAGAGCGGAGUUGAGACUUUGUUCAGGAGGUUGAUCCAGUGCAGAGUCUCUCUUCUGAAUACUCUGAGCCUGUAGAUCCAUCAUAAACCAACCCUAACCCUGCGAUUAGCAUCCGACUUUUAGAGAGUUUGCUGAUCACCCAAAAUUUUUUGGCUGUAUAUAUACACGAGGGAAAGUGUACAGAAAAUUACUUGACUGAGAAGCAAAGUUUCUGGUCUAUUUCCUGUUGCAUUUCA